UCCGCGCUCACGUUAAACUCCACACAAGUUGUUGCCUGUCACACCGAGUAAAGCAGCUCAUCAGGCUGACGCUCAUGCUGCGGGCUUCAAUUACGAGCUGGAGAGAGAAGCACGGGAAUAUUCAUAAGCUCCAUCAUUACACUUUAUCCACUUUAUCCCCUGCUUCAUCUGACGACAUUAGCGGUGGGGCAUGCCGGUCUACGCAGUGAAAGAUGUCAUUGACCUGGACACCAAGGCCCCCCCACAUUUGCAGCGGAUCUCUAUACUGGACAUCAAACUCACAUCUGACUGUGUACACAGGAGUGUUAAGGGUAAAGUGGUUCAGAAGGGCCCUGUAGUAUCUUGCAAGCAAAGAGACUGUUUGCUGAAGGCUGUUAUUCAAGAGGAAGACCCCAAAAAGAGUUCAGCGUCACAGCAUGCAUCAAUCAAUGUCAUUUUUUUUGGCACAUUGGCCAAGGACUUCUCGCGGUCUGUCAGUCAAGGGGACAUGGUCUUAUUGGCUGGCUUCACCAUCAGUAAGUCGCCCACUGAACAAACUGACAGACUGCAUCCCUGUCACUUGGAGAUGAGUGGUCCUGAUGCCUGUUUGUGUGUGUGCUCUUCUACUGUUUCUUCUUCUAGCGGAUCUUCUGCUGUCUGUGCUGAGCACAGGAACAUUUACGUUCCUUUGAAUGAGCUGAAACCCAGGAGGAUUGUGAACGUGUAUGGUGUGGUGACAUUCUUCAAGCAGCCAUUUCCCACCAAAGGCACAGAUUACUGCUCCACACUGAAGAUCACAGACCAGUCUAAUGCUAAAGUAGGCUGCACUAUUUUCAGUGAAAGGCUUGAGGACCAUCCUAAAAUCUUUAGAAUCGGAGAUGUUAUUCGGCUCCACAGAGUGAAGACUCAGAUGUUCAAUGGAUCCAUGACUCUUCUGACCAGUCUGGGCUGGUCUACCGUUACGUUUGAUGGAAUGUUAGACAGCCCAGUUGAGCCACGCACAUCAAGCCGGACUUUCCACUUUGAUGAAGCUGACAAACGUGUAGUGGAGGCACUGCGUCAGUGGGCAUCAAGCCAGUCACUACUAGCUAGUGAGCCUACUGUUCCUUUGUCAUCAGUGCAACCCAAGAUGUACUUUGAUCUGACCUGCCAACUACUUGCAAAGGCCUGCAUGGACAGCAGAUGCAUGCUGCUUAAGGUGUGGGAUGGGACAAAGUGUGAGCACCCACUUAUUAAUGUGACUGUGGCACCAGAUGCCUUAGAGGGAGAGCCCACUAACUCACAAGAUCGAGAGAACCUGACUGCCAACAUUCUGGUCUAUGAUAACCAUGUGGAAGUUGCCAGAACAUUAAAGCCUGGCAUGUUCCUGCGCUUGUACAAUCUCCAUGCAGUGCCUCAGAGAGCUCCUGGGCAGCCCCAUGAUGUGCCCUGCCACCUUGGCUUCCACCUGCAUGGCGGCACUUCGUACGGCAGAGGCCUGUGCAGCAUCCCGUCAGACAACCCUGAUCUCUUAACCCUCAAGAGAGUGUUGGAGAGCCAGGCAGAAAAACUGGCUAGUGAAAAAGAGGUGAAUGAUGGCACUCUUUUAGAAGUGUGGUACACUCCUCCAGAGGCUAUAGACGGAGUGGGUUCUAAGGAUAUCUUCACAGGUCUGACAUGUGGGCACACACUUCAGCAGAGGUCUCUUGCUCAUGUAAAGAGAUGCACUCCACCUGCCUUUCAUCAUGUUUGUGCCCAGGUGAAGUCUUACAAGCCACAGAAUCUGUACCAGUGUCUCAAACUCUUCUGUCCACAGUGUACAACAAUAAAAGAGGUCCCAGAUGAUGAGUUCAUAGCGCAGGUGUUCCAGGAGGCUCUCAGAGGCAGCUGCCAGCCCUGCAGUGAGCACUGGGCAGUGACCUCUUCAGUGGACUCCAUCCAGCUAGACAGAGCCAUCACCAUGCAUGUGUCCUGCGACAUGGUGCUCGAAAACACUCAGUCCCAGCUGCUCUUUCUUCAGGGUGUGACCCUGGAUGAGACAUGUGUGAUAUCUGCUGCUCAUAAGAAUGUGGUCCCUGUGCGGUCAGAGGAAAGGAGAAUGAGACUGCUGGACCUCUCUGCUCCUUUCCUUUUCUGUGAACGCAAGAGAUAUUAUGGCUGUAAACAGUGCUCUCAGUCUUCGUUUGUGGAACCUGAGGUUUCUGGAGUAGAAGUGUGGGAUGAGCAUAAUGUAGCCAAAGCUCUUGGUGUGCAGCUGAUGCAGUAUGUGCUGCUGCUGAAGUUUGAGCUUGAGGAUGAGACUGGCACAGUUGAGGCUUUACUGUGGGAGGAUGCUGAGAGGUUCUUUCAUGCCUCCUCUGCUGACAUAGCAGCCAGUCAGGAAAUGCAAGACAAGGUUCAGACCAUCAUGGACAGGCUUCAGCCACCAGGAAGUAGCAUGGCUGAGCGUCCAUGGCUAGAACUGUGCCUCAUUGCCUACACCGUAGAGGAGGAUGGCAGGACUCAAGUGUGCUACCAGAUCACUAACACAGAAACCAGGGAAGAUUUAUGGGCCAGGCCAUAAAGUCUUUCCUUUGAGUGACGGGUGUCAGUGGAAAAAACUACAGUGACACAGAUUCAGAAAAUACUUUAGACAUCUGACACAUGAAGGUCAAACAACUGAAGAGUUCAGUAAGAACAGCCAAAAAUGUGUAUAGCUUUAUACUGAUGUGAAGUAUGUUAGUCUUGUAAAGAAAUACAUAUAUUUUUAUGUAAAUGGUUUCAAUAAAAUGUUCCUUCUGUAAGAA